AAAAAAUAAAAAGCCGAAAGUGAAAUCAAAUAAAAAAAUUAAAUGAAAAAGUUGUUCUAAAGUCUAAAAUUUAAAUUAAAGGUGCAAUUUGAUAAUACAAUAUGGAUUUGGUAGCAGACAAUGAGAGUGAGGUGUUAUGCGAGAAAAUCAUUAACGACAUACAUGCGGUAUUCCUAAAGGACCCAGAUCUCUCCACAUUCGAAAUCAUACCGACCAUUUUGAAUCGCAACAAAUCGCCGGUGGUCCAUGCGGAACAUCAUCUCGGCCUGGAGUCGUGGUGUAUGAAACAUGUCUACGAUCAUUCGCACAAAGCCAUAAUUGGCUAUCGGCGCCAGCAUCAAUCACGCUAUCUGCAACACAGCGACGUGCUGCUGAAGUAUCUGAAUGUGGCGCUGUUAAUUAAUACGGAUGUGGCCACAUUCUGGAAUAUACGCCGCCAAAUGGUGCAGACGAAUCACUUGAAAAUCAAUUGCGAAUUCAAAUUCUCCGCGUUGAUACUGUCGAAGAAGCCGAAAUCGAGCGAAGCCUUCGCCUAUCGCCGUUGGUUGUAUUCGUUUCAGAGUCACGACGCCAUCGAUUGGCCCAGCGAGUUUGGCAUUUGUGAUCGUUGCGCCGAUCGCAGCGCGAAUAAUUACCACGCCUGGACGCAUCGUCAGUGGGUGCUGCAGAAUGCACCCGAUCUGAUACGCUCCGAACUGAUGAUCACCGAAAAGUUUAUGCGCAAACACAUUAGCGACUACAGCAGCUAUCAUUAUCGCCAAACGCUGCUUGAGCGCGCCUACGAAUUGUGCUAUUACGAAGCGAAUGAGCUCGAGCAUUUGCAUAAUCUGAAAGAUUUGAUCAGCUACUAUCUGCAGGAUGAUCUGGAAAUACUCAGCACGGCCGAUGUGCUACAAAUACUGUUGCCCGGCGUCGAUCGUGCAGCGGUGGGCGAACCGCGUCUCAGCUCCUUCCUCUAUUGUUGCAACUUGGCGGCGCAUGAUAUACGCCUGUGUGACGAUCAGAAGCAAUUGUAUGGCGAGCGUGAAUCUUUUGAAAAUCACAGACGCUCAUCGCUGCGUUUCAUUGUGGAGAAUUGUGUGCGUUUGUUGUUGGGCGAAUUGCCCGGUUUGUAUUUGACGCCGCGCACGUAUGCGCAACUGCAGGAGUUCAAUGCCACGCUGAAGAAGUUCGAUUAUGCGUCCAAUACAUUUCUGGCGGCGCUUAAGCGUGCGGAGGGCCAGUUGAGCGACAGCCAUCGCAAAUGGUGCGCCAUCUUUUUGGGCUUCAAUUAUGCGUGAAGCGCGAAAGGAAGUUUGUUUGCUGAAGUUUUAGUGAACUCAUUUUAGAGUUUUAGCGGCGAAUUUGUUUUUCAAAGGAGCACACUCAAAGGAAAUACGCAGAAAGCUUUAUCUUUUUUAUAUACAUAGAUGGCAUGCAAAUAGAUUUUAAUAAUUUUUACUCAAUGCCACCUGAAAGGCUUUUCAUUUAAAAUAUAACGCCGAGCGAAUGUGGAAAGCAUGAAAAGAGUAAUCAAUUUAAAUAAGCAUCGAAUAAGAAAACGUUUGUUGUCUCGACCAUUGUUGAUUGUGGUCAACGCCGUGGCUUAGCAGUGUGCGCCAAAAUUUUUAAGAAUUAUACAAAUUAAUUAAAACUGUUAGUGAUAUCCAGCAACUGGUGUCAAAAAUAUUUAAAAAAAAAAAACAAAAAAAUAAAAAUUAAAAAAGUAAAAAUGUGUAAAAUAUAUUAAGUAAAUUUGUUUAUGUUUUUUUUUUAAUGUAUGUCAGUUUGUCAGACCGUUGUGUUUGCUUUAUGCUUAUAAAUUGUUAUUUUCUUGCGCUACGUUUGAACAGUUCGUUAUAUUAGUUAUAAAAAAAAAACAUAAAAAUACUUCGAGAGAUUGCAUUUAUAAUUUAAUUUAAAGCUAUGAAAAACGAAAUAUUUUAUAUCAUAUCUAUCUGCAUCAAAUCUAAAACUAAGUAAUAUUUUUAACCUCACUUUUUCAUAUGUAUGUAUAAGCAUAAAGACGUAAUUAAAAGAAAAAUUAUUUCAUCGCGUUGACAAACGCAAUUCAUUUUACUCCAAAUACUCUUGUAAACACACAAAUAAAUAUGUAUGUAUAUUUUAAGAAAACAGAAGCGAAACAGAACAAAUAUAUAGUUAGCAUUUAUUAGAGAAUUUUAGCAUGAAUUAAAAAAAAAAUAAAAAAUCAUAAAUGUGUCUGUAUAUUUUAAUGAAAAAUUGUUAAACAAUUGUAAACAAGUGUAAAAAAGACUAUUUUGAAAAAUAUAUACGUGUGU